AGUUUACGUUUUUUUAAGAGCUAUAAACGUAUUUUUUUUAAGAAAAAAAGGCUCCAGCAGCAGGUGGAGCAGAGGAGCAGACUCUCUGUUCUGUUCCCUUCUCUCGGCUUCGGCUGGCUUCAGAUUCACAGUUCGCACCCCUAGAGCUCGUCGUUGCCCGCACCUUCUCUCUGUUCCCUUCGGCUUCACCUUGUCUUGCGUUGCCCGCAACCCAAAGCGGAUCAAAUCAAACCCUAGAUCUCCUCUAGCCUCCCCGUCCUUCUGAUCCCAUCCCUCUCAUGGAUUCCUCCUCCUCCUCGUCCAGCCUGAGCCAGCAGCCCGAGUUCGACUACCUUUUCAAGCUCCUCCUGAUCGGCGACUCCGGCGUCGGCAAGAGCAGCCUCCUCCUCCGUUUCACCGCCGACUCCUUCGAGGACCUCUCCCCCACAAUAGGUGUUGACUUCAAGGUGAAGAUGGUUAGCAUUGGUGGCAAAAAACUCAAGCUUGCCAUCUGGGACACAGCUGGACAAGAGAGAUUUAGGACCUUGACCAGCUCUUACUACAGAGGGGCACAGGGGAUCAUUAUGGUGUAUGAUGUCACUCGACGGGAAACAUUUACCAAUCUUUCUGAUAUAUGGGCGAAGGAAAUUGACCUGUAUUCAACCAACCAGGACUGUAUAAAGAUGCUUGUUGGAAAUAAAGUAGACAAGGAAAGUGAGAGAUGUGUCACAAAAAAAGAGGGGAUUGAAUUUGCCAGGGAAUACGGAUGUUUAUUUCUAGAAUGCAGUGCAAAAACAAAAGUAAAUGUAGAACAGUGCUUUGAGGAACUCGUUCUAAAGAUAUUAGACACGCCAAGCCUCCUCGCGGAUGCUUCCUCGGGGGCCAAGAAGAACAUCUUCAAGCAGAAGCCUCCGGAAGCUGACGCGGCGGCAAGCAGCUGCUGUUAACAUGCUUUUGUCAUGCUAAUUCUGCGCCCUCGUGUGGACGAUAAAUUUAUUGCGUAAAGUGAUAAGCUUUGUUGUGUGGGUUUAUUUUUGCUUUUGGUCCUGUAUAUUGCCAUGCUGAAUUUACAACAACAGUGCGUCGGCAGCAGCUAUAUUUAUAAUGUAUCAAGUUACCUGACGCUGACAGUAUAGUGUGUUCUUGUUCCCUUGUGAA